AUGACUUUUGGCAAGGAACAACGUUUCGCAGGCGUCAUCCACCUUCUGUUGCCUACUAACGCUGUACCUACUGUUGAGGUCGAUUCUGGCAUGGAGAAGUCGGCGAAGGCGUUGGACCUGGACAGUUCUGACACUAAUUACAGCUUCCUGCGUCGGGCUAAGUGUAGUGUCUGGCGGACACAGGAGAGGAAUCGACAGCAAGAUGCGGUCGCGGAUGGCCUGGAGAUGACUGACCAAUCUCAAUCUCAAUCUCACACGCAAACGGGUGGUGUGCAAACAUAG